UUUCAGGGCUCAACGUUGCCUUGGUUGGCUCUUAUUUGUGGUGCCAUGUGAAUUUCUUUAAUCAGAGUAACACCGUAACUAUCUGCCUUUCCAUAGUUCCGUUUCGCGUCGUAUGUAUAGAAUAUUUGGACCUCUAUCAUAAAUUGAAUAUUCCGCAAAUAUGUCAAAACUAUACAAGGCGGUUAUCGGCAUUGUGGACAGAUUUGUCCCUAGUGGCAUGCGUCCAUUGUGGGAACAUCCAGCUGGACCAAAAACAAUAUUCUUCUGGGCACCUGCAGGCAAAUGGAGCUUGGUGAUAGCUGGAUUGGGAGACGUGAAUCGGCCAGUCGAAAACUUGUCUAUUCGCCAGUGCGCGUCACUAGCGAUCACGGGCAUGAUCUGGUCACGAUAUUCUCUAGUUAUAAUACCUAAAAACUACAGUUUAUUUGCGGUCAAUGUGUUCGUAGCUUUAACAAAUUUGUACCAAUUAGGCAGAGCAUACAAGUAUAAUACAGAAAUGGAAGCAUUAAAAGAGGCGAAGAAAAAAGGAAAUAUGUAUGGUCAUGUCUGCCGCAUGUCAGACGAGCGGUGGGCAAAACUCACUACUGAGUGGAGCCCACUCAACGUCAUUAGACGUCGCGGUAGGUCCAGAAGGAGAUGGCUUGAUGAACUGGACGCUGGACUAUGA